CAGAGAGGCUGACAUGGCACCAAGCAGUAGCACCAUCAUCUUCAUCAUCAUCAUCUUCAUCACGGCCUGUCUGAGCCUCCCCGCCCACUCAGCCCACGGUGUUAAGGUGAUCCAGCCCAGACAGCAGACAACAUACCGAAAUGUCUCAGCUUCCAUCCGCUGCGAGUACACAGAGGCCAGCGAACCCCCCAGAGACAUCCAACUCAAAACGCUAUCAGGGGGUAAAACUGUAAAAAUCUGCCAGCGAGACGAGCAAAAGUGCAUCAACAUCAUCAAGUACCAGGAGACGAGCAGCAGCUUCGUGUUCGUCCUGCUGAACCUCAACGCCACCGACAUGACCUCCACCUACGAGUGUCAGGUCACGGCCAAGACGGACGGAGUGUACAAGCAGUGGACAGGGACGCCAACCAGACUGCUGCCAGACACAGAAGAGGUGCUGACACAUGACUGUCCAUCUCCUCCUCCUCCUCCUCCUCCUCCUCGUCUUCAUUGUCCUUCUCUUCCUCUUUACCUGACGUGGAGUCUGAUUGGUCUGCUGGCUCUGCUCUUCCUCUACAGCUUUUUGAUCACAGCUCUGUACAUCAGACUGAGGGUCAGACGCUGCACUGAGCUCAGCGACUCGGUGACCUACGUGCAGAUGCAGAGGAGCAGAGGACAUCCGGACAUCAACUCCACCUACGUGGAAAUGAAGACAGCUCCUCCGGGCGGGAGAGCAGGCCGAGGCCUCAGCAACCCCUCUGGCUAGCACAGCGGGCAGACCUGCUACUGUCCCUGGAGGCCCUUUGCAGACAUGAUGAAACUGCUUUUUAUUCAAAAUGGCAUAAUUUGUGUCAACAUCUCUCUCCAUUUGUCUCUUUACGCAAACGCCUGAUACACAAAACCACGCAAACACCAUUUCCUGCACAUAAACUGGCAUUUAUCCAACCUCCUACCUUCUGUGGACCACACAGGUGUUUCUGUAGUGGGACCUGAGGCCGAGGUGCCGAGGUGGACAUGAAAUACGGCACAGUUUGUUUAGGCUGAUAAGCAGAUGCACCGAGUUAUGAGAUUUGAUCAAAUGCCAUUGAACGGCACAUUUAAGGUAGCACUGAUCAAAUGGUAAAUGGACUGCAUUUCUAUAGCGCUUUUCUAGUCCACUGAACACUCCGAGCACUUUACAAUGUU